GCUGAGCAAGAGGGAAUCAAAAGUCUGCUUGCUUUGCUCUCUGCUGGUGGCAGAUGAGCAGCUGGCUGGUCCUAAGCAGGCUGGUGUUGGAGAGGGAAAGCCGGCACUGUUUAGCAUCUUUGCUGGCUUGGGGCGGAGGAUGCUCAAAGGAUUUGGAGGAAAAGGUUGGGAGUAGAGUUGUGUGGAUUAUUGGUGGAAGAACAUGAUGUGAGGUGCCAGAUGCUUCCCGAGCCACCGCCCGGCGCCCUUUGGAGAAGAGAGGGUGAAGAGGGCGUGGGGGUGGGGGGAGCCCUGCAGCGCAAGGAGAGCGUAGUGGCCAGGGGGCUGUCUCUUUAAGCGCUCCGGAGGGGCUGGGGCCAGAGGGCGGCGAGCGCGUUGCCAUGGUAGCAGGGCUGCGGGGGCUGCAGGACCGCUGGGAUCCUGGGUCUCCAGUUGUCUCCGGCAAUGCAGGGACUGCGCAGCUCUAGGGCUAGAGCGCCUGGGGUUGGGAUGGCCGGUCACUACUAGCGGGCUCUCGCUGUUGCCUGUGUAGCCUGCUGGGGUCGAGCUGCUGCCGCGCCCUCCGCUGCAAGACGCACUUUGCGGUCCUCGAGAGCUAGCCCGGCACUUGCAACUUCUGCCUAGCGAGCCCAACUUCUGCGCGGGAUUCGGACUUGCAGAUUGGGAGCAGCGCACCGCGCGCAGUUGGGGCGGCGGCCUCCCUGGCUCAGCCUCAUCGAGAUGACCUCCCCACUGUGGUUCUGGUGCUUCUGUGUCUGGGCCGCCGACCGCUGGCCGCCAGGAAGCGCCCUACAGCUUCAGCCCGGCAUGCCAAAUGUUUGCAAAGAGGAGCAGCUGACGGUGGUAGGGCUGUCACGCCCAUGCACUCAAGCUUUCAUAUACACCGUCAAAUUCUGGAAACAAGGUUGUACAGGCCCACAGUGGUGUGUGGCUUAUGAGAGAAGGACCCGCUACUACACUGUCUACAGGCAGGUGUAUGUCACAGAACACCAAACAGUCUUCAGGUGUUGCCCUGGUUGGAGCCAAUGGAAUGAUGAACCAGGUUGCCUUUCCUCUGCAUCUUCUCUGGGAACCCAUUUCAGUGGAAGGCUGUGCUCGGAUGGGACUGAUCUAUGGUGCCUCUGCUCACAAGGGUUCCAUGGACCCCACUGUCAGUAUGAUAUAAACGAAUGUGCUGUUGACAAUGGUGGCUGUCAUGACCAAUGCUGCAAUACGAUUGGCAGUUAUUACUGCAGAUGUCAAGCUGGCCAAAAGCUGGAGGAAGAUGGCAAAGGAUGUGAAGACAUCGAUGAAUGUGCGGUGGUGAAUGGAGGCUGCCAGCAGCGCUGUAUUAACACUCUGGGCACCUUCCACUGUGUGUGUGAUACAGGGUACAGACGCCAUGCUGACGAACGCACCUGCAUAAAGACAGACCCUUGUGCAGGUGGAAAUGGAUGUGCUCACCUAUGCCAAAGUGAGAAUGGUAUGGCCAGGUGUGCCUGCCAUGCUGGGUACCAGCUGUCUGAAGACAAAAAGACCUGCGAAGACAUAAAUGAGUGUGCUGAAGGGCUUGCUGCCCCCUGCGCUCACCGCUGUGUGAAUUCAGAGGGGUCCUUCACCUGUGCCUGCCACCCUGGCUUUGAUCUAGGAGCUGAUGGAAAAAAGUGUUACAGAAUUGAAUUAGAAAUUGUAAAUAUCUGUGAAGAGAACAAUGGUGGUUGUUCUCAUCACUGUGAACCUGCAAUUGGUGGACCCCAUUGCUCCUGUGACCAUGGAUAUCAGCUUGACACAGAUGAAAAAACAUGCAUAGACUUUGAUGAAUGUGAGAGCGGAGAUGCCUGCUGUGCCCAGCUCUGCAUCAACUAUUCAGGAGGCUACGAAUGCGACUGUCAGGAAGGCUUUCAGAUCAGUUUGGAUGGUUGUGGAUGUGAUGAUGUGGAUGAGUGCCUGGAUGUCAGUGUGGACUGUGACCAGCUGUGCAUCAACUCCGAGGGGACCUAUGACUGUGCCUGCGAAGAAGGAUACAGAAUCGGAAGUGAUGGAAGGACCUGUCUCUAUUUAGAUGAUGAGCAGUUAGAGGAGGAAGAAGAUGUACUAGACAUCCUGAAGUUUCCAGGCCUUCUGGUUCCAAGCUCCCCUCAGCUGCUCCCUUACCAUGUUUUUUCUCGGACCACUUCACAUGACGACGAAAGCAAUAAUGAAGAAGACCAGGGAACAGAAGGAGAGUUCCAAGGGCUGACAGCCUUGCAGAGGGUGGUCUGUUUAGAUGGCACCUUUGGCCUGGACUGCAGCUUGAGCUGUAAGGAUUGCAUGAAUGGAGGUAGAUGCCACAAAGGAGAGAGUGGGUGUGUGUGCCCAGAAGGCUGGAAUGGCAUUCUUUGCAAUGAGAGUAACACCAUAAGAACUGGUGUGGAUCAGCAGGCUCAUCAGGGUAAAUGGAUAGCACUGGAAGAAACCAUCCUGAGUGAGGUAACCCAGCCGCAAAAAGACAAACAUGGAUGCCUGAAAGGAUUCUUUGGAAAGAACUGCAAAAGAAAAUGUCACUGUGCCAACAAUGGCCCUUGCCACAGGUUAUACGGUGCCUGCAUAUGUGACCUAGGACGCUAUGGACGGUUCUGUCAUCUCAGUUGUCCCAGAGGGACCUAUGGAGCUGGCUGUUCUUUGGAAUGUCAGUGUGUGGAGAAGAACACCCUGGAUUGCAGUGCCAAGAAUGGUAGUUGCACCUGCAAAUCUGGUUACCAAGGCAACAGGUGCCAGGAAGUCUGCCCACCAGGCACGUAUGGGAAAGACUGUAACCAGGUAUGUCAGUGUUCAGCAAAGGACCAAGACUGUCAUCCAGUCACUGGAAGAUGUACCUGUCUGCCUGGCUACCAUGGGAACCACUGCCAGCUCAGGUGCCCAAAAGACACUUAUGGUCCAAACUGCCAAGAAUCAUGUAAGUGCUUGAAUGGAGGUCAAUGUGAAAGCACACUUGGCACCUGUACCUGUCCUCCUGGCUUCCUGGGGGCAGACUGCAGUCAAACUUGUCCUGGAGAUCAUUAUGGGCAGAAUUGUGUCCAACGGUGUUCCUGUGGCUCAGGAAAGUGUGACCCAGUAACAGGGAGGUGUGAUUGUCCACCUGGCUUGAUGGGAUCAAGGUGUCAGCAAGGUUGUCCUCAGACAAGAUAUGGUACCAAUUGUGAGCUCAAAUGUAUGUGUAAAAAUGGUGGACUCUGCAGUCCUGUGGAUGGAAGCUGCACCUGUGGCCUUGGGUGGACCGGGCAUUACUGUGAGAAAGCAUGCUCUCCUGGUAAUUAUGGCCCAGACUGCAAAUUCAAUUGCUCGUGUCAGAAUGGUGGUGUUUGCAGCAGAAUUUCUGGAGGCUGUGAGUGCCCCUAUGGGUACUAUGGAAAAGACUGUGAACAUGAAUGUCCUCCUGGAUUUCAUGGUUUAAAUUGUGUUCACAUCUGUGACUGCCAGAAUGGAGCCAGUUGUGAUGUAGCAAGUGGACAGUGUGUUUGCCCAGCAGGUUUCCAUGGCAACCAUUGUGAACAAGAAUGCCCACCUGGAAUGUUUGGGGACAAUUGUCAACAACCUUGUGACUGUGAAGGAGAAAGUUCUUGCCACCCAACCACAGGAAAAUGCCUCUGCCCUCCAGGGAGAGCAGGAACAAGAUGUGAAACAGACAGAUAAAUUCAAGUUCAUAGAUGAACCCUUCAAGGAGAAGGCUAAAGAACUGAAACCUUCCAUCUUCCAUCUCAGGUCCUCUGGCAGAUUCCUUUCAACAGACUGUUGGUAGACGGACAGUGCACUUUACAUUACAGAACUGCACUGAAUAACACAUUUGCAGUCACUAGCAUAGAUACCCACACUGUAUUUGAGAGUGACAGACAGAAGCUGAACUUAGUGAAAAGUUUGUGGUCACAUGAUUAUAAUUUGAAUUGUAAUCAUUUAAAGAUUCUUUGGUGUAUAUUAUCCAAGCUUUGAAUUUUAAAAACUCUUUUGGAGAUUAUGGGUAGACCAGCAUUUUACCCACCAUGCAUAUUAUUGCAUCAUAUCCCAAUGUGUUGGAAACUCAGGCGAAAGUGUCACUGAGGCUUCAAAGCCACCAUAGGCAGGCAUAGUGUGAAACCCUAUCUUAGAAGAAAGACCCUUUCAUCAACAUAUUAUAAUAAUAGCUAAAUUUCUCUCAGCUAUCAGUUUCUGUAAUGAAUGAGAAAGGUAAGUCACAGAUUAAUACUACAGAAACGAGUUUUUCUUUGAAGUUAUUACAUAAGUGUCAACGGACUCCUUGAGAAACAUUAUUGGCUGAUACCCUGUUUCUAGCCAUAAGGAAAACUAUAUCAAGUUUAUCAUUUUCCCAUUAGUGUGAAGGAAUUUGUAAUGGAAACCACAGAGAGUGUUUAUGAACCUAUUCUGUAGAAAUAUGAGUAACCAUGCAUGCUAUCCAGUGUUUCCUCUAUUCAACAAAGAUUUAGUAAAGAAAAUUCAAAAUCAAUAGAAAUGCAUGCUCCAGAUGCAUGUACACUUUGAAAGAUGUGCUUCCAAGCUUGAUCAAGAGGUAGCCUAUCUGCACUUCCUGAUGCUUCAUCAGAAAUGUAAAAAACUGGAAUACUUAAUUUUGUAUCAGUUGGGAUUAGUACCACUUAAAUAAGCUGCAACUUCAUUGUGCGCAUUUAAUACAGAAAUUAUAAACAUUGUAUAAACAAUCAUAGAAAUCAACAACCCAAUAUCACAUUGAGUAUGCACCAUUACCUUGCUGAGGAAUUCUAUUAACAUAUUUUAUGAUACUUAGACCAUGUUGGACUGUAGAGUUACUGGGCAUUGAAUUUUGAGGAAAAGUUUGUUAGUGAGACUAUUUAAUGAGAAGCAUUUAAACAAAUGCAAACUUAAGUGAAGAUUGUCCAAAAAAAAUCAAUAAAGUAAUAAGGCCUUUA